UUGUCACAGUUACUUAGAUUGGAAAUACGAAAUGCGCAGCCCAAUAGCGCUGAUUGCACUAAUUUCUGUCUUCCUUGUAGGGAGCACUAUAACACACCCAGCACCAGAAGCUGAUUGUGAUAUGGCCCCUUUUGUUAAAAUUGGUGAGAAGUACUAUUUCAUAAUAAAGGAUAAAUAUAAGCUCAAUUGGUUCAUGGCCGCACACGAUUGCCUUACAAUGGGUGGACACUUGGCCAAUAUUGAGAGUGCUGAAGAAAUGGAUGCCCUAUCGGAUUAUCUAAUAAGCAAGGGCUACAAUGAGGAUUGGUUAUGGGUAGCCGGCAACGAUUUGGGCAACAAUCGCGAAUUUAAAUCCAUUGCCACUGGCAAGCAUUUACCAUUCUUUAGAUGGUCUAAUGGACAGCCGGACAAUGCAGGUGGAAAUGAGCAUUGCAUGCAUUUGUGGCUUCGGGACGACGUGUUUCGUAUGAACGACUGGCAAUGCCAUCAAAAAGCACAUGCGAUUUGCGAAAGACCGAUUAAAUGUCAUUGCUUUAUGAAUACAGGAGGUUCAGGAAUUAUAGAUGUGCGUUUUACCCACAAGUGAACUAACAAAAAUUAAACUGCAUUUUUUUUAGAAUGGCACCAUCAAUAAAGUAACAAAUUUCCCUUUUAUAUGAUAAAACAGCCUAAAUAAGCGCCACUUUCUAUCCGAAGAAUUAAAGGGUGUGAGGAUUGGAUUUGGCAACUUUGCAGGAGUUUUAUUGCCCGAAAUUAUUAUAAUAUAGAGAUUGGCAAUGCCAUCAGAAUGCACGUUAAAUGUCAGUGGUUUACAUGAAGUUCAUUAAUUAAAUUAUAGAUGUUCGAUUUGUGAACUAUGAAAAAUUGAAUUGCAAAUUGUUUAGAAUGGCUUCAUCAAAACACAAAUUUCACCUGGAAAUCAGGAGUCAGUCGGGAAUUUAAAAUCGGAAAUUCAACCUCUGCUAAUAGAUUAAAUUAAACUUUAAAAUCUUAAAAUUAUUAACUAAUACAUUCUAUUUAUUCGAAAAUGAAA